AUGGUAAGCAUCCCAAAGGAGCGUCGAACUUUUUGCAAGAAGUGCAAGAAGCACACCGUGCAAAAGGUCACUCAAUACAAGCGCGGCAAGGCCACCACAACGGCUCAGGGUGCUCGUCGCUACGCGGCGAAACAGAAGGGUUUUGGUGGCCAGACAAAGGAAAUAUUCCACAAGAAGGCCAAAACGGCCAAGAAGGUCGCCCUGCGUUUGGAAUGCAAGACGUGCAAGUGCAAGAAGCAGAUGGCCAUCAAACGCACCAAGCACCUCGAAUUCGGCGAGAAGAAGAAAAAUAUCGGCCCGCAGUACUAA